AUGGGUCUAUUCGAUUUAGAUUUCUUUGAUGAGUUUAAGCGAAUGAACAAACGACAGGUUUAUUACCAAAUUCUAACAAUCCUUAUGGUUGUGGGCUCUGCGCUAAUGCUGUGGAAAGGACUUAUUGUGUUCACAUACAGCGAGAGCCCUCUGGUUGUUGUGCUAAGUGGGAGCAUGGAACCGGCGUUCUUCCGCGGAGAUGUUCUUUAUCUGACUAAUUAUCCUGAUGAACCCAUACGGACAGGCGAUAUAGCGGUGUUUCGGAUCGAAGGUCGAGAUAUUCCGAUCGUCCAUCGAGUUAUUAAAGUUCACGAGAGCGUCAAUGGAACUGUGAAAUUGCUCACUAAAGGUGACAACAACCCCGUGCAUGACCGCGGACUGUACGCUCCAGGACAGGACUGGAUUGUGCCAUCGCAAAUCCUCGGGCGUGCCAAAGGGUUCAUUCCUCAUGUGGGGCAAGUCACCAUAAUCAUGAACGACAACCCGAAGUUGAAGUACGCCGUUUUGGGAACCAUGGGUAUGUAUCUCCUGUUGAAUCGUGAAUCUUGACCGUUCAUUGGAAGCAAACCGAUCGGCCCCUACCCGUGGAGUUCUUUACUUUCUCCAGUGUUGUUUUUUCUAACGGUCCCGGUUUUCCGUGCUUUGUACACACUGUCGCUUUACUCGUAUGUGCACCGAUUGUGAAUUAUUCAUCUAUCUCGGUUUAUGCUGUAUGUUCUUUUUGUCGAAAGAGAGCUGUGAUCUAC